CGAUGCGUUUGUUUACAAACCAGACGACCGUAGCUAUCGAUCGUUAAAAUGCGAUAUAAACAGGUGUUUCCACAAAAAAGAGUAUCAAAACACAAAGGAUACUCACCAUCAGCUAUGAUGAAUGCAUAUAAAAUGGUAAUGGAAACUGGUGCACCAGUAAAAACUGCUGCUAGACAGUACGGUGUACCACAUAACACCCUAAGAGAUAGAGUGAAGGGCAGAGUAGAUCCGCAGACUGUCAUGACAGGACAGGGUCCAUUAUUCUCCACUGAAGAGGAAGCAAAACUUGUCGACCAUGUUAAAUAUAUGGCAAACCUUGGGUAUGGUUUCACAAUAACUGAGGUUGUAGCCAAGGCAACUGACUAUGCAGUGUUCUUGAAGAAGCGAACCCAUGACAACCCAUUGUCAGUCAAGUGGUUUCAUGGUUUCAGACGACGUUGGCCUGAAAUAAAGGUAGUAAAACCUAGAGCCUUUAGUCAGUGUAGAGCAAAAUCCACAACUGAGCAGGCAGUGUACUCAUACUUUGACAAUCUAGAAACUGUCAUCAAAAAUAAUGAUCUACUUAAUAAGCCUGAAUGUGUAUACAACAUUGAUGAGAAAGGUAUACAGACUGAACACUCUCCCCCAUAUGUUGUCAGUGGCAAGAAAGCUGGCAUAUAUCCUCUCGACAGAACAGCAGUCCCUGUUGACAACUUCAAGCCCUCCGAGCCAUAUGUCGAACCGGUUCCUGGUCCAUCAACCAUACACUUAAACCUUCAGUCAGAUUCAUAUUCAGAUGACUCUGACUCUGAUAUUGCUGACGAGGAUAAGUGCUGCGUUUGCAAGUAA